CCUGAGUCCGGCCCAACUUGAAUUCGCAUAGCUUCAAGUGUUAUUAGCACACGCCGUCCCACCCACCUCACCCAGACUGCGACACCAUGGAAUCCAACGGCGCUGCUGACUGCGUACUUAUUUUGGUCGCCGUCAUCUUCCCCCCUGCCGCAGCAGCUUUCAUCUCAGGCUGCGGCUGUGAUCUCUUCGUGAACAUCUUGUUGACUUUGCUCGGAUACCUUCCUGGACUCCUUCACGCGCUCUGGCUCAUAUUCAAGCGUACCAGUGUUCAGGAGCGACGUGCUCGGGGUAGCUAUCGAUACACUGGCGCGGGAACACCUGCUCCGGCGCCCCAGCAAAGUGCCUCACAGCCGCCUGGAUAUGGUGCAACGAACCAGCCAAGUGCCCCUCCGCCAACUACAUCCGAAACCACGAGCCAGCCCGUUGAUGCUCCUCCAGCCGGCAAGAAUUGAAGAAUUGCAUGAUUCAAUGCACACACGUGGUGGGACGAAGUUCGUUCACAGGCCACCUGGACUAUAGUGCGAGUCGUAUAUGAGUAACGUUGAGAAAUAUCUGUCGAGUUUCGUGCCUAUUAUUUGUUUGAAUCAAUUGCUUGCUGGGUCUGGAUCUCGAUAUAUGUGUGGUGUGAUGAAAUUAUGUGGCACACGUCAUAGGAAGUCU